AUGAUUUUAUUAAUAUUAAUUAUAUACUUGACAUAUUUUGCUCAAUCUCUCGGCGUUGAAAACGAUCCACUUGUAGAAGUUAUCAAAGAAAAUGAGUUGCUAGCUUCAAGUCUAGUGCAGCCCGCAUCUGAAAAUAUAGCCAAUUUCCAAACAUUGAAGAUAUUAGAACAGCUCGAGAAACUACCUGAGUUCACACAGUUUGGUCAGGACGGUCACGAAAAAGGAGAACAACAAGAAGGAGGACAGGAAAAACCACAAGAUACCAAGGAUAACAAAGAGUCCAGCAUUCCUUCACAUUGUCAAAAAAAGGAAAUUCAUAUUCACUCGUUGCAAGAUUUGAAUGCAAUAAUUGAGUGUGAAACCAUUAUUGGGGAUAUCAUAAUUAGUGAAUUUGAUUAUCCAAUAAUCACAUUGGCAAAGCUUAGCAAACUAGAGGGAAAUUUGACAAUUUACAAAUCUCCAGAGUUGGUUCGUGUUGAGAGUCCGCAGUUAAGUUCAAUUGAAGGUUGGUUCAAACUAUACGAAUUAACAUCGUUGGCACUUAUAUCCUUCCCUAGUUUAAAGAAGGUCAAGAUAUUAUGUUGGGAAAUAUUACCAAUUCUAAGCAAUGUUCAAUUCAAUCAUGAAAUUCAUGGCAUUGAAAGCAUCACCAUUUCAGAUACUUCGCUUACUGGAUUCUCGGGAUUCUUGGCUAACGAGUUGAAAGUCCUUGAUAUAAACAAUAAUCGAUUCUUGGAUUCUAUAGAGUGCAAUGUUGAAACAAUCUCAGAUUAUUUCCACCUAAGUGCAAAUGCUAAAGAGAUAAAAGUUAAUUUACCUAAUUUGAAGAAAGUCAAUGAAUUGAGUAUCAAUAAUGUUGAAAUUCUACAAUUGGAUAAUUUGGAGCGAAUUGAUAACUCAAUGAAAUUAAAUGACAAUUUCUUCCAUCUGAUAAAAUUUCUCAAAUUGAAAUAUAUUGGAGGUACUCUAGAUUUAUCAAAAAAUUCAAAAUUAACCAGUAUCGAUUUCCCCCAAUUGAACGAAGUUCAAGGUGGACUUAUGCUUAUUAAAAACCCAUUGAUUGAAAAAGUCAAUUGUUUCCCUAAUUUGAACAUCAUUGGUGGUGCUUUAGAAAUCAAAGGUCCAAUAACCGAUAUUUCCCUUAAAGAUCUAAAGUUGGUGAAAGGUAGCGCAAUCAUUUCAAGCACUUCACCAGCAUUUGAUUGUGAGAAAUGGUCAAAACUGGAGGUAUUAUUAGUCGUUAGAGGUGGUAAAAUCGAAUGCACAAAUUCAAAUAAUGAAAAGAUUACUUCUAAGACAAAAGAAAAUGGCGGCGGUGGUGGUGGCGGUGCGGCAGCGCCUGCUGUGGGUUUCACUAAUAAUAAUAAUAAUAAUAACAACAAUGGCGCAAAAUAUUUGAAGAAAAAUACAACAGCUUCGUCAAUGUCAACCAAACAACAAUCAGGCUCAAGUGGCACUUCCGAUGCUACCCCAACUCUGCUUUCAUUGUCUUCAAAUGACACUGGAAAUAUGGUUUUGAUCUUGCUUCUUCAUCUAUUGGCUCUCUCUUUUGUUGAUGUAAGUUUGUAA